CACCACCACCACCCGCACACGCCCAGCAUGCUCAUCAAGGUCAAGACACUCACCGGCAAGGAGAUCGAGCUCGACAUCGACUCGGGCGACAAGGUCUCGCGCAUCAAGGAGCGCGUGGAGGAAAAGGAGGGCAUCCCGCCGGCGCAGCAGCGCCUCAUCUUUGGCGGCAAGCAGAUGCACGACGACAAGACGGCGCGCGAGUUUGGCGUCGAGGGCGGGAGCGUGUUGCAUCUGGUCCUGGCGCUGCGUGGCGGCUGCUAGAGCGGGAGGGAGAGCACACAAUGACAGUGACUUCACACUGCUGCAUGCGCGAGCGAAGCUGCGGCCAAUCGCACACCACGGAAGAGCCAGAAGGUAGGCCACCUUUCGCACAGAGGUGGAGGUUGCACGCGCCAGCCCUCGAGCUGGCCGGCACGAGCCUCUUAUGGCUGAGGCCGGGAGCACGCCAGCUCGACCUUGCCGUCAUGGCUGCUGCACAGUCUUGCAGCCUCACCUCGGUGUGCUAGAGGAAAGCCUCGAGCAGGAGCGCC